UUCUUAACUGCAGAAGAAGCAAGACUGAUACAACAAGAGAAACACACCAUGUUGAAAGAGGAAAACACACUCACUGAUGUCGGCAACAGUUGGGCUCGUGUCUGCGACACCUGCAGGUCCGCCCCAUCCACGGUCUACUGCAGGGUUGACUCCGCCUACCUCUGCACUGGCUGUGACGCCCGUAUACACGCAGCUAACCGUCUGGCUUCCCGCCAUGAGCGUGUAUUUGUUUGUGAGGCUUGCGAGCGAGCCCCGGCCGCAUUCCUCUGCAAGGCUGACUCUGCUUCACUCUGCGCCACCUGUGACGCGUCCAUUCACUCCGCCAACCCACUAGCUAGCCGACAUCACCGUGUUCCAGUUCUCCCCAUUCCAGGCUGUCUCUAUGGCCCUCCUGCUACUCGCCGCCCAUGUGGGUCAGAUAUUGAAAUCUCAGGCGAUUGCCAUGAAAGCUUGGCGGAUGAAGAUGACGGUGAAUCUGCUUCAUGGCUACUUCUUAAUCAGCCUACUAAGAACAACAAUCUAAACGGGAACGGGUUCAUGUUUGGUGGAGAACCCGUGGAUGAGUACUUGGAUCUUGAUGAGUACAAUUUGUGCCAAGAGAACCAGUUCUCUGAACAGUAUAAUAGUGUUCCACAGGGGAAGUAUUAUGGCGAUAGUAUUGUACCAGUUCAAGGGUUCGAAGUCGAAGCAAAGGGUCACCACCAACAGCAGCAGCAGAAUUAUCCAUCUAGCAUGGACUAUGACACCCCAAAAAUUGGCUAUGGCUAUCCUGCUUCUUCACUCAGUCACAGUAUCUCAGUUUCAUCAGUUGAAGUUGGAGUUGUUCCCGAAUCCACACUAAGCGAUUCGUCGAUUUCACACGCAAGACACUCCAAAGGAACAAUAGAGUUUUUCUCUGGACCACCAGUACAGAUCCCUCAACAGCUCACGCCAAUGGACAGGGAAGCUAGAGUCCUAAGGUACAGAGAGAAGAAGAAGGCAAGGAAGUUUGAGAAAACAAUCAGGUACGCUUCCAGGAAGGCAUACGCUGAGACGAGGCCACGGAUCAAAGGUCGCUUUGCAAAGAGAAGCGACGUGGAAAUUGAAGUGGAUCAAAUGUUCUCCACAUCAAUGGUAGUAGAAGGACUUGUUCCAUCAUUCUAAAUUAAGAACGAAAAAUGGAACAAGGAUCGAUUCAAGGUGUUCUUGCUAUUCACCAAUUUUAUUAGCAUUAAAUUUUGCUAUUCCUGUUUUGCUUGUCUUAAAUAAACAUGACCUAGUAUAUGAUCUUGUGUACUGUAUGUAAUCUUCACAUCAGUUUCUAUAAUUGUAAAUCAAUGUAUAUUC